UUUUAUAUUAAAAAGCAGCAGGGUCCCGCCGCCGCCUCCCGAUGUGUGAUGUCCCCGCCCUGCUCCGCCCAUCGCGUGUAACCCUCUCCUGUCUGAGGGGCCAGGAAGACGCAGAAGCGUUAAACAGUUCAAUAAAGACAGAGACUGGUUGGGCGGAGUGUGAUUAGGGCGGGGAGAACACCCGCAAACUGACCUCUCUCUUCCGAGUCAAAGGCAUUUUACAGAAGCAGCGGCCAGCAGCAGCUUGUCUAUAGUGAGCUAGUGACAGGCGGGGGACAGGUGUUACCCGCCUAGCCUACCGUCCCUGACAGACGCAGCCAGGAUGCCCACCAACUUCACUGUGGUUCCAGUGGAGCAACAGGAGGAUGCUGAGGAAGUUACGGACGCGGCAGCUUGCCAGGAGGAGAGGGCAGGCGGGGUGGCGCGGUGUCACAGCGAGGAGUCCCUGCUGGGUGAUGGCAACCCUAGAGAAAAUAGUCCCUUCAUUCACAAUGAGAUGGACAGAAAUAACUUUUACGAUGGGAAAAACAUGGCACUGUUUGAGGAGGAAAUGGAUAGUAACCCAAUGGUGUCAUCACUUCUGAACAAACUUGCAAAUUACACAAAUUUACCUCAGGGAGUCAUAGAACAUGAAGAGUAUGACGAUCGCAAGAGGAGAGAAAUGAAGGAAACCCGAAUGGGAACCUUCAUUGGAGUAUACUUACCAUGUUUACAAAACAUCCUUGGAGUUAUACUUUUUCUGCGAUUGACAUGGAUUGUUGGUACAGCAGGAGUACUUGAGUCAUUUUGCAUCGUCCUGAUGUGCUGUUCAUGUACAAUGCUGACUGCCAUAUCUAUGAGUGCAAUUGCAACAAAUGGAGUUGUACCAGCUGGCGGAUCAUAUUAUAUGAUUUCAAGAUCUUUAGGUCCAGAAUUUGGAGGGGCUGUAGGACUUUGCUUCUAUCUGGGUACAACUUUUGCAGGAUCUAUGUACAUUCUAGGUACAAUAGAAAUUCUCUUGACUUAUAUAUCUCCAAAUGCUGCUAUAUUUCCGAUCGAACAAGAUGAUCCUCAAGCUAUGUUAAAUAACAUGAGAAUUUAUGGGACGUGUAUAAUUGCUAUAAUGGCUAUAGUGGUCUUUGUUGGUGUUAAGUAUGUCAACAAGCUUGCAUUAGUAUUCCUUGCCUGUGUGAUACUGUCAAUUAUGGCAAUAUAUGCAGGUGUAAUCAAAUCGGCUUUUGAUCCACCUGACUUUCCCAUUUGCCUUCUUGGAAACCGUGUUUUAUCCACUCGGACCCUUAAAGAUUGUGCCAAAUAUAUCUCUAAUGAUACGGUUAAUGAAGAAUUGUGGAACAAAUUUUGUACAAAUGUAAAUCAAAUUUGGGAUUGUGACCAGUAUUUUGAAUUGAACAAUGUAACCAAUAUACAAGGAAUUCCUGGAGUUGCUAGUGGUGUUCUUAUUGAUAACCUUUGGAGUGCUUACAGUCAAAAAGGAUCUAUUGUUGAGAGGAACCAAACUUCAUCCUCAGGAGAGGGUCAAAAAGCUUCAAGUCAAAAAUAUGUGUUGACGGACAUUGUGACUUACUUCACAAUGCUUGUUGGAAUUUACUUUCCUUCUGUGACAGGUAUCAUGGCUGGGUCUAACCGGUCUGGUGACUUGAAGGAUGCUCAGAAGUCUAUCCCAUCUGGAACAAUAUUGGCCAUUGCAACCACAUCUUUCAUAUAUCUUUCCUGCGUGGUAUUGUUUGGUGCCUGCAUCGAGGGUGCACUUUUACGUGACAAAUUUGGUGAAGCAGUUAGUGGCCAGCUUGUUAUAGGUACAUUGGCUUGGCCAUCUCCUUGGGUAAUUGUUAUUGGGUCUUUCUUCUCUACUUGCGGUGCUGGACUCCAGAGUUUGACAGGCGCCCCACGUUUGCUGCAGGCCAUUGCAAGAGAUGGAAUAGUGCCUUUUCUUCAGGUGUUUGGUCAUGGAAAAGCUAAUGGAGAACCAACGUGGGCUUUGUUGCUGACAGCUGGCAUAUGUGAAAUUGGUAUUCUGAUUGCAUCUUUGGACAGUGUUGCUCCAAUUCUGUCAAUGUUUUUCCUAAUGUGUUACAUGUUUGUAAACUUGGCUUGUGCGCUACAAACAUUGUUACGAACGCCAAAUUGGAGACCACGAUUUAAAUACUAUCACUGGACACUCUCCUUUGUGGGAAUGAGUUUAUGCCUUGCUUUGAUGUUUAUUUGUUCCUGGUAUUAUGCAUUAGUUGCUAUGCUUAUAGCAGGAUGUAUAUAUAAGUAUAUUGAAUAUAGAGGGGCUGAAAAAGAAUGGGGAGAUGGAAUACGAGGUUUGUCAUUAAAUGCAGCUCGCUAUGCUUUGCUUCGAGUUGAACAUGGUGCAACACAUACUAAAAACUGGAGACCUCAGAUGUUGGUGUUACUGAACCUGGAUUCUGAUCAGAUUGUAAAGCAUCCUAGGCUGCUAUCGCUAACAUCUCAGCUAAAAGCUGGCAAAGGGCUGACCAUUGUGGGAUCUGUGCUGCAAGGAACGUUUUUGGAUAAUCAUGUAGAAGCUCAGAAAGGGGAAGAAAAUAUCAAAGCUUUAAUGACUACAGAGAAGACCAAAGGCUUUUGUCAGCUAGUUGUUUCAUCCAGUCUGCGCGAUGGGAUGUCACACUUGGUACAGUCAGCAGGUCUUGGUGGCAUGAAACAUAACACAGUCUUGAUGGCUUGGCCAUAUUCAUGGAAACAGCCAAACAAUCCUUACAGUUGGAAAAAUUUUGUAGACACUGUGCGAGAUGUGACAACAGCUCAACAAGCUUUACUUGUAGCAAAAAACAUUGAUUCAUUUCCUACCAAUCAGGAGCGCUUUAGUGAAGGAAAUAUUGAUGUCUGGUGGAUUGUUCAUGAUGGUGGGAUGCUAAUGUUGUUGCCUUUCUUAUUGCGACAACAUAAGGUUUGGAGAAAGUGCAGAAUGCGGAUAUUUACUGUUGCCCAAAUGGAUGAUAACAGCAUUCAGAUGAAAAAAGAUCUCCAGAUGUUCCUCUAUCAUUUACGCCUGGAUGCUGAAGUUGAAGUGGUUGAAAUGUUUGAAAAUGACAUUUCAGCCUUUACAUAUGAGAAGACUUUGAUGAUGGAACAAAGAUCACAAAUGCUUAAGCAAAUGCAAUUAUCUAAAAAUGAAAGAGAAAGAGAGGCGCAGCUGAUCCAUGACCGUAAUACUGCAUCACAUUCAGCAGUAGUAGCCAAAUCAAGUGCUGCUACGCCAGAAAAAGUACAGAUGACUUGGACUAAAGAAAAGCUCAUUGCUGAGAAGCAUAAAAUUAAAGAUUUAAAUGCUGCAAAUUACCGGGAUAUUUUUAACAUGAAACCAAACCAGUCAAAUGUCAGAAGAAUGCACACUGCAGUGAAGCUGAAUGAGGUUGUAGUGAACAGGUCUCAGCACGCUCAGCUGGUAUUACUGAAUAUGCCAGGGCCUCCCAAGAAUAAACAUGGAGAUGAAAACUAUAUGGAAUUUUUAGAAGUUUUAACGGAAGGUUUAAACAGAGUACUCCUUGUUCGUGGUGGUGGACGGGAGGUGAUCACCAUUUACUCAUAAGAAUCUACUGCGGAAGAAAUGGACUUUCUAAAAUCAUAGGGGAUAAAAGAAAAAAAGACUGAAUUGCUAUUACACUGUUCCUUUAUACUUGAAAUGCUGAUGAGAUUUGCUGGCUAGAAAUAACACUUUAUCAUUGUUCAUACAGUACAAAAUAUAGUCAUACUUUAGGUUUAAAUACAGUAGAUUGCUUUUCAGAUAUAGUGAUAGAGCUACAAAAACUAUUGCAGGCCUUCUUUUAGGUUUGGGUUCGGUGGAUGUGCCGUCUUCUUGAGUUAAAUAUACUGUAAUGGUGUGUUCCAUUUCUUUGUUCGAUGCUUUGUUACAUUUUAUAUUUAAUUAUGAGAAAACAAAAUGAAAUACAUUUUAAAAUAUACAGUGAAAAUGUUUUCUUGUUAAAAAAACAUAGGAAACUGCUAUUCCCUAUAAACAUGUCGUUUUUAGUUGGUUUAUAAUGCAUUAAUAAACUAUGAAAUCUUAA